AUGAACUUAUGGAGCAUUGAUACAUAUAAUACACAUGCUUUGUUAUUCGUUCACGUUCUAAUAAUCUAUUUCCAAUUCAAUUCAUUUCAGUCGAACAUCAAAAGAAAGAAGACCAGAAAGCUUCGUGGUCAUGUCAGUCAUGGACAUGGUCGUAUCGGCAAGCACCGUAAGCAUCCGGGAGGUCGUGGUAAUGCUGGUGGUAUGCACCAUCAUCGUAUCAACUUCGACAAAUACCAUCCAGGAUACUUCGGUAAAUUGGGUAUGAGAAAUUUCCACUUGAGACAAAACUCGAAAUUCUGCCCAACCAUUGGAUUGGAUAAGUUGUGGUCAUUGGUUGGCGACAAAGCCCGUGAAGAAUGCCGCAAAGACAAGGAAGGCAAAGUUCCAGUUGUCGACUUGGUCAAAUUCGUAAGUUUCCCCCACUCACCAUUUCAUUCCGUUUCGUGCCGAAAAUCAGUAGCGUAUACAAAUCGCCGCAUUGUGACCAUUUUUUUACAUGAAAAUGCUUAG